AUGGAACUAGAAAGGCUAUUCUUCGAACGUCAUUAUGAUGAAGAUGUGGCUUUGACCACGGGGACUCCAAUAUUCAUAGGAUUAUAUGGCGAGCCUACAGUUCAGAGUAGGUUUGAGCCAGAGGAGGCAGGAUUCCGCCUCCUGCUUCCGUUUGCACUAGGGAAUGUUUCUCGUGAUGAUGGGGCGCGAGUGAGCGAUGGUAACCCAAUUGCGCCGGGCUCGUUCACGGCGCUUUUCCAACAUGGCUGCCAUCAUCCCUUUGGAGGUGAGCACCGCUCGCAGAGGAUGGAAAGGCUAUUCGACUAUUGGACCGAACUGAUCGAAAAUGGUGUAUGGAGAGUUGGUGAUGAGGGUGUGAAAGGAGGCAUUGAAACGUUCCGAGAUGCAGAUAGUGGCGCCUGGAGAGAUUACUGGAUUCCACCAGACUGGUAG